UAUGUAAUAUAUUGUGUAGUAACAUUACUACGUAGUAAGUACGUUUCCCAGAAAAUCACAGAAAUGGCUAUUGAUGUUCGCAGGUUUGACAUCUAUAGAAAGAUUCCAAAGGAUUUGACACAGGCUACACUUACAGGAGGCUACAUAUCUGUAUGCUGCGUCCUCUUCAUUGCAUUCCUGUUUGUCUCAGAGUUGUACUUCUUUCUUAAAGCAGAUGUACAGAGUGAACUUUUUGUCGACAAUACUGAUGUAAAUGAAAAGAUUAAAGUGCGGUUGAAUAUUACUCUACCAAAUUUGAAUUGUGAAGUGUUGGGGCUUGACAUUCAAGAUGAUGGGGGUCGUCAUGAAGUUGGCUUCAUGGAGAAUAUAUUUAAAACUCCUCUGAUGACUGAUGGUAGAGUAGGUUGCAAUUUCCAGGCUAAAUUUCAGAUUAAUAAAGUGCCUGGAAACUUCCAUAUAUCCACACAUGCAGCAGGUCACCAGACAGGGAUACCAGACAUGUCUCAUUACAUCCAUGAAUUGAGCUAUGGGGAUAAAAUUAUGGAGUCACAUGUUCCCGGAAACUACAAUCCUCUGAGAGAUGCAGACAAAACUGAGGGAACUGCAAUGGCAACCCAUGAGUACAUUAUGCGUAUAGUGCCUGCUAUAUAUGAAGAUAUUCAUGGUAACAAAAAAAGUGCCUACCAGUUUUCAUAUGCAUAUAAGCAAUAUGUGCAGUAUGGACACGGGCACGUGAUGGUUCCAGCGAUUUGGUUCCGUUAUGAUCUCAAUCCUAUAACUGUGAAGUACUUGGAGAGGAGACCUCCUAUCUAUAGUUUCCUGACCACUGUGUGUGCAAUUAUUGGUGGAACAUUCACGGUUGCUGGAAUCAUCGACUCCUGCAUAUUCACAGCUGCAGAACUUUUCAAAAAAGCAGAGAUGGGAAAACUGAGCUAACGUAUGGUAAUAGCGCCCCAUGCACUAUUCCACCGACACACACGCACACACACAGCAUGCCGUGAUAGAAGGUUUGCCAGGCAGAGUAAACACUGAUGUCAUGAGUGAACCUAAGGGCAGCUGCUGCUAUGAUGCAGCUUCUAGCUCAACGUAAUGCUGGUAAUAAUUCCCAUUCAGUAGUUUUAUUCCAUUCAGUAGUUUUAUUCCAUUAACUAGUUUUAUUCCAUUAACUAGUUCACGAUCGUGGUCGUCUCAUGUUCGGUAUCCAUCCUUUACGUUGGAUCUACAGUUUGACUCACUGAUGGCUAUGUGUAUUCAUAGCAGGUGAGAAUUCAUAAUUCAUUGAAUAUUCAUAAACUUCUAUUUUUCCUGUUAUUGAUAUAACCAGGGGUGUCAUCUAUAUUAUCACACUCCUGAUAGAAUAUUAUGUUUACCUGGUUUUAUUUCUGUGGUUCUCGCAAUAACAUGUAUCGAAAAAUACCCUCAGAAAACCGCGCUCAAGAUGCUGCUGCUAACUCGCGUUAUGCCGUGGAUGGCAAAUUGUUUUUAAUAUAAAUUUUAACUAGGAACCAAAAAAAUCAAACUAAAAUGUUUUAAUCUUGUGCAUCUCACACAUGAUCGUAUAAUGCUGCAGAUUUGCGGGAAGAGAGGCUCUAUAUGCCUGCUGCUUGGACAGGUAAUAAUAAAAAGGAAAGAGUUACAAAGGGCACAGGUGCUGUUGACAGAAACAUCAUACCUACGUAUGGCAGUCAUAAGUCUCAAAUCUCAUAAUUUUUUCACUACCCUCAUUUAGAGUUUAUGAUGCUAUAACCAUUUGUGUAUGACAUUGGGGUCACUGUGUCUGAAACUCACCAAUGCAUGUUUACUGGUAUGCAACGAACAGACGAACGUAGUCUUUACUAUCGCUUUGUCAUGUCGCUGGCGAUGUAUUGUUUAUGUCAGGUAUACUCUCCUGCAAGCUACGCAGCUGGACAUUAAUUAACAAACUUAUAUAACUUAUGUCAUAUAUGUGUAACCGUUUUAUUGAGUUUUUAACUUCUCACAACUCUUUUGUUUUUACAAUUGUUUGCACUUCUUGGGUUGCAUGCUAGGUGCUGCACUUACAGUAUGCACAAGUUUCAAAUGUGUUUGAAUCUAUCUCCCGAGUUUCUUCAUGUAAUACUUACUAAUUUAUUAUAUAUACUAUCAAGGCCUCAUCUACGUUUGCAGGCAUUGAUCCAGAUUCGUCUAUUGGGAGUUACUAAAUCUAUUUUUAUAUGCUCUAUAGUUCCAAAGCUUUGGUUUUUAUUAUGUGUCUAGAUUAAUAGUAAAUAAUACAGAAUUUGUUUUUAUUGUAGACUUCAUGUACUAAUAAGGUAGUUCUCAUGUUGAAAUGCAUAACAAGACUAGUACUAGGAAUAAUCAUCCCCUGAAAACACUUCAGAAGAGGUAGUGAGAAAGGAUGUGUGCACACGCGUAUACAGUAAUAAAAUGGAGACAAAAAAUCUAUCUUACCAAGUUCAUGUGAAAGGCAUUUAUUUUUAACAGUAAUAAAGUUCUAAGCAUGUCUAUAAUCAGCAUGAAUGUAGUAAUUAGAAGUGAGUAAUUAGUAUAUCAAGUAGACACUUUAGUUGCACCUUCAAAGAUUUCUAUUUUUUUUCUGGCAAAAUUCACUGAUCGAGGAAAUUUCGAUUUAUUCUGAUCGAGGAGUAAUGACGAUAUAUUAAAAAUGUUAUGUGAUGUGUGGCAUGUGUUUAUUUUAAAAAUAAAGAAGCAGUACACAUGGAAA